AUGAACAGGCAACAGUUUGAUAACAAUGGGGGAAAUGUCCAGUUACAAGGGAAAGUGGAAUAUGCAACCUUCAUUCAGAAUGUCGGAGCCCAAGACCAAGACAGACAAAGCACGAAUCACUGCCCCGACUACCUAGCAGAGACUGACCCACGUAUCAUAAAAACGAGGAUCUAUCAGACAAGAGGCGCCGCCCUCAAGGAGUCAUACGACUGGAUCCUCCGCCAUCCUCAGUUCCAAUGUUGGCACAACAGCAACGGCAGCCAGGUCCUUUGGGUCAAGGGAGAUCCCGGUAAAGGCAAGACGAUGCUACUCUGUGGUAUUAUCGACGAGCUCCGUCCUACCUCAAGACUAGUAGACCCCCAAGCCAAGACAUUCCUAUCUUUCUUUUUCUGUCAAGCUACAGUCCCCAAGCUGAGUAACGCCCAUGCGGUCCUCUGUGGUUUGAUCUAUAUGCUCGUGGACACGCAGCCGUCGCUUCUCUCCUACGUACACAAAAGAUUCAAAGACACCGGGGAGCCGCGAUUUGGGGAUACGGAAGCAUGGACUACAUUGUGCACUAUGUUUGUGGACAUUUUGCGGGACCCCAUCGUGGACAAGAUCUAUAUCGUGGUUGAUGCUCUCGACGAAUGCGUGCAGGGCCAAGACAAGCUCUUGCAAUUUAUUCUCAAGGAGACGAAAGAGUUACCGCACGUCAAAUGGAUCAUUUCCAGCCGGAACCAUGUUGAGCAGCGGACAAGGCUUGACGACUCGCAGUCAAUACUGAGCCUGGAACUACAGGAAAAUGCUGAAUCCGUGUCUGUGGCUAUCGCAGCUUACAUUUCCGACAGAAUAGCGGAGCUUGAAUCUCUGCAGGACGAUGAUACCUUGCUGGAAUAUGUUCGCCAGAUCCUCCAGGAAAAAGCCGAAGGAACGUUUCUCUGGGUGGCUCUCGUUGUCCAGGAACUCCAGGACGUCGAUAGCUGGGAUGUGAGGCAGGUGGUUGAUGAUGUACCAAAAGGGUUGGAUGAUCUGUACGCGCGGAUGAUAGAUCAGAUCGGACAAAUAGAGCCUCGAAGCCGAGAGUACUGUCAGCUCGUCCUCUCAGCGACUGCACUAGCGUAUCGGCCGCUUCAGCUACUGGAGCUGGGGGUGGUGUCUGGACUCCCCGACAAGAUCGCCGGAAGCGCCAAGAAUAUCGAGACGAUCGUGAAAAGGAGUGGCUCUUUCCUCACGGUUCGGGGCGAGACUAUCUACUUUGUGCAUCAGUCUGCCAGGGAUUAUCUGAUCAAGAAGGGUGGUCAGAGAAUAUUCUUGUCUGGCCUUGCGGCUGCCCACCACCAAAUGUUUACGCAGUCACUCCACAUCUUGGACAGGACAUUGCGGCGCGAUAUUUACAGUCUGGUCGCCCUAGGUACUCCUAUCAACCAGGCCAAGAGGCCUGAGCCAGAUCCACUUGCGGCAGCAGGCUACUCUUGUAUCUACUGGGUAGACCAUCUCGGACAAUCUGGAUCCUCCGAAGAACUUCAGGACGCUGGCACGGUUGACUCAUUCCUCCGAAGCCGAGGUAUUUACUGGCUCGAGGCACUGAGCCUUCUUCGAAGUAUAACGGAUGGGAUAAUGUCGAUUCAGAAACUCGGCAUUCUGCUACGGGGACACCCAGGAGCAGCCAGAUUGAAGAAUCUGGUCCAGGAUGUGUACCGGUUUAUUCUAUACCAUCGAGGCGCAAUCGAGAACAGCCCUCUCCAGGCGUAUGGUUCGGCGCUGGUGUUUAGCCCACCACGGAGUAUGACCAAGCAGCUGUUCCAGCAGGAGUGGCCCAAUAAUAUCGCAAUGACGCCGGCGAUGGCAGAUGACUGGGAUGCGCACACCGGAGCCUGCCUGCAGACGCUGGAGGGCCAUGACAACCGGGUCAACUCAGUGGUGUUCUCCCACGACAGCAGCCGCGUCGCGUCCGGGUCUGGGGACAAGACGAUCAAGAUCUGGGAUGCACAGACCGGCGCCUGCCUGCAGACGCUAGAUGGUCAUGAUAACAGGGUCACCUCAGUGGUGUUCUCCCACGACAGCAGCCGCGUUGCGUCCGGGUCUGGGGACAAGACGAUCAAGAUCUGGGAUGCACAGACCGGCGCCUGCCUGCAGACGCUAGAUGGUCAUGAUAACAGGGUCACCUCAGUGGUGUUCUCCCACGACAGCAGCCGCGUCGCGUCCGGGUCGUUUGACAAGACGAUCAAGAUCUGGGAUGCGCACACUGGCGCCUGCCUACAGACGCUGGAGGGCCAUGACGACUGGGUCAACUCAGUGGUGUUCUCCCACGACAGCAGCCGCGUCGCGUCCGGGUCGUUUGACAAGACGAUCAAGAUCUGGGAUGCGCACACCGGGGCCUGCCUGCAGACCCUUGGCAUCGACUCUGUUGUUAGCAAUCUUUCUUUCGAUGCCACCGGCUCAUCUCUUCACACUGACGUUGGAAUUUUCGCCCUUUGCGACUCGCUGACACUUACCCCUACGACUCUGACUGAAGUCAAUCUGGGUUAA